ACCCCUUCUCCUCUCCCGGGCCCGGCGUCCGGGUGCGCGGUGCGGCGCGACGAUCGCGGCCUGGCGAUCGGGGCACGGUGGUCGUGGCGCUCGAGGGUGGCGCGCAAGGCGCGGGGCGCGAGGCCAGACCUGGCGUGUCUGGGUGUGGGGGGCGGGCAGCGGCGGAGCCCCCAGAGGAGAGCAGGGGCAGGGGGGUACCGAGGCAAGUGAGACGCUGGACCUGAGGGAGCACCAUGGCAGGCCUCAGUGCAGCUCUUUCCUCAGUGUUUCUGGAGGCCAAGAAUGCCCAUUCGGUCCUGAAGCGGUUCCCUCGUGCCAAUGAGUUCCUGGAGGAGCUGCGCCAGGGUACCAUCGAGCGGGAGUGCAUGGAGGAGAUCUGCAGCUACGAGGAGGUCAAGGAGGUGUUUGAGGACAAAGAGAAAACGAUGGAGUUCUGGAAGGGGUACCCGAAUGCAGUCUACUCAGUCCGAGACCCCGCGCAAAGCUCAGAUGCCAUGUAUGUGGUGGUGCCCCUUCUGGGGGUGGCAUUGCUGAUUGUCAUUGCCUUGUUCAUCAUCUGGAGGUGCCAGCUGCAGAAAGCCACUCGUCAUCACCCCUCGUAUGCUCAGAACCGGUACCUAGCCAGUCGUGCUGGGCACAGUCUCCCCCGGGUCAUGGUAUACCGGGGCACUGUGCAUAACCAAGGGGAGUCCUCUGGGCACCGGGAGGUGGGAUGCAACCCUCAGGUGGUACUAGGGCCCAGUCGGGGGGGCAGAACCACAGUCCGCCUCGAGAGCACCCUCUACCUCCCUGAGCUCUCUCUCUCCAGACUGUCCAGUGCCACCCCUCCCCCAUCCUAUGAGGAGGUGACUGCACCCCAAGAGAGCAGCAGUGAGGAGGCAAGUGUCUCUUACAGUGACCCACCCCCAAAGUAUGAGGAGAUAGUGGCUGCCAACCCUGGCUCAGACAAGUAGUGGGACUUGUGUCCUGUCCAAUGUGAAAGCCUCUUUCAGGGGUCUCCUAUUUUCUUUUUAACUUUUUAAAAACUGUGCCACCACAAAACAGCCUUAGCCUCCUUGUUGCCAAAUAAUUUCCUAACCGUGGAUUUUUAGGAAGUCAGUUGUCAGAGACAGGUGGAGGGGGGGGUAGGAAACAUGCAUGCGUCAAAGCCCCGGGGAGAGCCACAGGCUAGAGAGCCCAGCUCUUCCAGAAGCUCCCACACCCCUGCCAUCCUGUCCUCCCAUCAGGGACUGGCUUCUCUGAUGCCAAAGGAAUCACCCCUUUGAGUUGAUUGUGGCCAGAAUGUCUGUAGGCUCGGGCCCUGGGGCCAUGCAGCUGGCUGGAGACCUGUCUGUGUCUGGAAGCCUAGGCCACAGAGAUGAGGGAGAGAAGCUAGCCCUUCAGCACCUUUUUUCCUCGACAGUCUGUGCUUUCUGUUCUUGCUUACAUUUUGAGGACAAAAACAAGAACUGAA